AUGGAUAUUGAAACUAGGCUUCACGAUUGUAUCAGUCUUCCACAGCAAAAGGAGAAACUGGAUGCUUUUCGAAGCAUCUUGAACGACAUUUUGUCUUAUAGCAACCAAGAACAGCAACUCCAAGACUACAUUGAAGCUGUGUUGGAUGAACAAGUAGGCCUUGUUAUUGCUAGACAGCUUUUGGCAGAAUUCAUUGGAUUAUUCCAAGACAAAAUCACUGAUCGCAAGAUACAAAAGCAGCUGCUCUUGUUUGCUAUUGAACGUGCUCAGCCUCGUGCUGUUAGCUUUGAAGAGUCUUUGUCUCAAUUGCGAGAAAAGCUUGCCAGCGUUUAUGAAGACGAAGAUGAUUAUUUAGAAGCUGCAAAGACACUGCAAGGUAUUCCUUUGGAUUCAGGUCAUCGUGCUAUUUCAGACGAUUACAAGCUUCAAGUGUACAUUCGCAUUGUCAGGCUGUUGUUGGAAGAAGAUGAAGCUGUGCAAGCAGAAUCCUAUCUCAAUCGAGCUGCCUUGUUGAUCCCCAACUCCAACGAUCCACUGUUGAAUUUGACAUUCAAGUUAUCUCAAGCUCGUAUUUUGGAUGCCAAGCGUAGAUUUUUGGAGGCCUGUUCCAAAUACCACGAAUUGAGUUAUGUGAGCCAAGUGGAAGAGGAUGAACGUAUUCUUUGCCUGACGGCGGCUGUCCAAUGUGCAGUAUUGGCAGGUGCAGGACCCCAACGAUCUCGAAGCUUAGCAACAUUAUACAAGGACGAAAGAACACAUCACUUGCCAUCCUUCUCGAUACUGGAGAAGACAUACUUGGAGCGCGUGAUUCGACCCAACGAAGUUUCUGAAUUUGCAGCCUCACUCAAACCUCAUCAUUUAGCUCGUUUGGCAGAUAAUACCACUGUCUUUGAUCGCGCUAUGAUUGAGCACAACUUGUUAUCCGCGUCCAAGAUUUACAACAAUAUUGCAGUAAAGGAGUUGGCUGUUUUACUCAACGUCUCAUCAGAACAAGCAGAACAGGUGGCUUCACGCAUGAUUAGCGAGAAUCGCAUGGUGGGCAGCAUUGAUCAAUUGGAACAGUUGAUCUCAUUUGAAUCGGGUGGUGCGGCUCGUGAAGAAGCGUCUCCAGACGACAAUGCUAUUAGUGCUGCUGCUGCUGCUGCUAAUGGCACACAUCAAACCAAUUUGCGCGUAGAGCAGAGUAUGUUGGAGAUCAUGAAAUGGGAUACAGCUAUUCAAUCGCUUUGCCAAGAUUUGGAUCAAGUGAUUGGUAAAAUUCAGUCAAAGCAUUCGAAUUAUGUCGUUUCAAAUUUCAAUGCAAUGGCUUGA